AUGGCCGCCACAACAAACCCUCAAACGCCGCGCUCGACCAAGACUCAGCAAUGGAUGGACGACGACGUGCCCAUCAUUGACUCGCGAGAGGCAUUCUCUGACGUUGUCCUCAAGUUAUCAUCCUACAUCGCCAAAGCCAUCGAUACUCCCUUCACAUACGAACAACUUCGCACCACCGUCGCCGGCCAGUCGUUGAGACCCCUGAUCUCGAAUUUGAGCGAAGAAUGUCACCAUCCAGCAGUCGUUGCUGCCUUAUUGGCAGCUCGAUACCUGUUCAUUAACGACCCAGGCGAUGUCGAUCCCGGGCUAAAUGAGUCCAGAGGCCUUGCCUGUGAGCUCGUUGCCUGGCAGUUUCUGACCUUCCUGUCGGAAAAGGAGCUCAUUGACUAUCUUCUCUACGACCUCCCCGAGGUCUCAGAAGACAACACGCGUCGUUCCCCUUCAGAGACACAUACAAACAGCCAGCAUACAGGCAAUCACAACGAUGGCGGCAGCUCGAACGAGUCUUCGCCUCUUCUUCGAUCACGAUCUUCCGAGCACGGCAAUUUCCUCCGCCCUCCGAGACGUGCGUCCACGCAACACACAGACCGCUUCACCAGUGGUGCUACGACAAGCACCUUCGGAGGUGACGAAGAUGGUGCCUCUCGGCGGGCAGAUCUCGACGAAUCCAUGGCUGGUAUGAACGCGCUCGAGAUUGCCGCCAUCGGUGACGCCAAGAAAUUCAUCUCGAAGAGCCCGGUGCAGAAGAUUGUCGAGGAUAUCUGGAACGGCGAUGUUAUAUUCUGGGAGAGCCUUUCAGUCCAUGCUGUGAAGAAGCCACGCGCGUACAACAAGCGAGUCGCGGACCCAUUCACUCGGCUCAGGGUGCCAAAGUACCAGAAGGCAUUCCAGAUCAGCUUCUUUCUGGCCUUCCUGCUACUCUAUUAUGCCGUGCUUGUGGAGCGGAAUCCCAGGCAUAUCACCCCUACGGAAGCGGUUUUGUAUGUCUUCAUCGCAGCAUUUGCAUAUGACGAGUUCGGGGAGAUCAAAGAUGCGGGCAUCAUGUUCUACCAGACUGACUUUUGGAGCUUGUGGGAUAUCGCGAUUAUUGGUGUUAGUGCCGCUUUCGUGGUGACGAGGGUUGUCGGCCUUGUCAGAGACAGCGACUAUAUCAUCGAUGUUGCCUUCGACAUUUUGUCCAUGGUAGCGCUGUUCCUGGUGCCUAGGAUAUUCUCUGUGAUGAGUCUGAAUCCUUAUUUCGGGAGCUUGAUACCAGUGCUCAAAGAAAUGCCUGAUAAUGUGAUGUGGGUGCCAACCAUUAUAGUACUUUACCUAGGUUUCUUGACCACUUUCACCAUGUUGGCCAGAGAUCGCAUGACACUCAAUGAUAUGUCCUGGCUCUUGAUCAAAGUCUUCUUUGGGUCAAGUUAUCUCGGUUUCGACAUGGCCGUCAAGAUAUCGCCACUAUUUGGUUAUACAUUGAUGCUCGUAUUUGUCUGUUUGACGAAUAUUCUCCUCAUCACGUCCCUCGUCUCACUAGUAUCAAAUUCAUUGACCGAGGUCAUGGCCCAUGCUCGCGAGGAAUACCUGUUCCAAUACUCGAUCUAUGUGCUAGAGAGCAGCACCUCACGACGACUGACCUAUUUCAUGCCUCCACUCAACUUGUUCCCCCUGAUCGUACUGCGGCCUCUUCGGCUGUUUCUCCCGUCCGAGGAAGUGCGUCGAAUCCGGAUCUUCGUGCUCAAAGCCACCCACAUCCCGUUCGUGGCCCUGAUCUGGGCCUACGAGAACUCUAGAACUAUCAUCACUCGUCCCCAUCCGACGCUAUCUAAGGCUCCACAUUUGACCAGCCGGCCGUUGAGCGCAGGCCAGCUCAACUUCGACGGGUCUCGGGAUUUUCUCAAGUCCCCCACUACGCGGCGAGCGCUUAAUGAGACGUCGCCGUCCGUUACAGCAGACAUGGCCGCUUCAACCACCAGGUCUGCCUUGGGCAGUGCCGAGAGCGCAGAUUUAAUCGCCCUCAUCCAGAAAUUGAGUGCGCAGGUUGAUGGGUUGACGGCAAUGGUCGCUGGCCAAAGCAGAGAUUGA